AUGCCUUUCAACUCUUGCGGCUUCCUUGCCGCCACUCUAACUCCUGGUCCUAGGACCGCCCAUUGCCUCAUCCAUGGCUGCGAUGGAAUCUCAGUCCUCGGUGCAAGCACGCAGACCCCAUCCUGGAACCCUCUUGAGAGCAUUGACCUCUCCAGCCUCGUCACCUUCGCCGAGCCUAACGCCUCAGUAGAGGAGUACCUCAUCAAGCUAUAUAACACGCCCAUCCUCAGCGGCGAUGGCACCUCACCUCUAUGGCGCGCCCUGGUCAUCCCAUUGCCGCCUGUUGCCAUGAAUGGCACCCCAGAGGCUCCAGCCCCGUUCCGCCUAACCAUCGGUGACGGGCUCAGCGGCGCUGCGGUAUUACAGACUUGCAUCCAGCACGCUCUUCUUGCCGCCCUGCACGAGCCGUCGAGUAAUCAACCAACCACGGUUCAGCCGUCGAGCGCUGACCUGCCGCCCGCCUUCGAGACCACCGUCCCGCUCAGCAUCACCGGCAGAGGUUUUCUGCGCACGCUUUACGAGACUGUUUUCCUGAACAGGGAUGUCUGGUCGGGUGCGCUUAUUACCAACUCUCAGCCAGUUGUGAUGAAGCUGCGACAGUUCAGUCUGUCAGUGUCGCAGGCGGCAGUGCUAGCAGCGAGAUGUAGGCAUCACGAGACAAGCGUGACAGCGCUCCUCAUGGUUGUUAUUGCGGAGGUGGUGGUGGGGAAGACGAAGGGUGUGAAGGGGAUCGACGGAAAUGCGGCGAUUAGCCUGCAGAAGUUCGCGGAUGGAUUUGCUAUCAAACUCAAGAGCAAACUUGGAAAUCUCCUCCUCAAACCUACAAGUCACUAUACAUAUUUUGGCUUAUCACACCAACAACAAGAGCAAUACUACUCAACGAUUGCUACAACCAUCUAUGAUUCAUUACACGUCAUCGCUCCUUAG